AUGAACUCAACUCAAGCUUUUGUGCCAUCUAAACGUUUGGACUUUCAGCCCGAAAACAAACUCUACCAUAUUCAAUCAACCCUCUCCCUCAACUUUCCAGCACCGACAGUCAACAUGAAGGCCUCCGCCAUCUUCACCGCCAUCACCUUCCUCGCGGCCGGCGUCAUCGCCGCUCCUUCUGCCGAGGGCGACGCUCUGGUCAAGAGAGCCGAUACCUGCUUCGACUGCCAGUUCAACUCCUUCGUUUCCGGCCGCUGCAAAGGCGCCUGCACUGGCGCCGAGGAGGCCUGGGGCAACGGCGGCCAGAACUGCAAGCACUGCAUUGCCGGCUGCCCUGCGACCACCGCCAGCGACAAGGCCGGCACCUCUGCUGGCUACCCUUGCUAG